AUUAUUAAUAAAUAAUAGCAGAUAUACCACACUCAAUAUGCCAAGCAAGAGAAGAAAUAACGGAAGAGGAAAGAAGAAUAAGGGUAAUUCUAUCAGAAUUAGAUGUGUCAACUGUGGAAGAGUUUGCCCAAAGGAUAAGGCCAUCAAGAGAUUCCAAGCCAGAAACAUGGUUGAUGCCUCUGGAAAGAGAGAUAUUAGAGAAGCUUCUGCCUACCAAGGAAACGAAUUCUAUAUUCCAAAGGUCUACAUGAAGCUCCAAUACUGCAUCUCUUGCGCUAUUCAUUCUAAGACUGUCAGAGUUAGAUCCAGAGAGGGAAGAAGAGAGAGAUAUGCUAACAAGACCAGAAAGAACAGAGCUGACCUCGUCGCCGAGUUCAAGGCUGCUAACAUGGCUUAAUCAUAAAACUGCAUUCUAGAACUCCAUUAAACGUGUGGAUCUUUCUUCUUGAGAAGAAUUU